CUACAAUAACUUUGUGUCCACCACUACCUUCUAAAUGAUUUCUCCCUCACUUGGAGUGUGUUUAUGUCUCCACCCACAAAUCAAAAAGGUGUCUUAGACAAUAUUGAUCUAUAAAUAUGGAAUGAAUUCAGAACUAAACCCUAAGUGAAGUGCAAAAAUGGCAGCUAAUGCUUUUCAUCUAAUUGUCACUCUUCUAGCUUUCUCCUACCUUUUUUUCAUGGCUGAUGCUAUCUUCAUAUCUGGAAAUAGUCAUAGACAUUUGUUGAUGAACCAGAAAGAACAAUUUAUGGCAUCCGGGGACACCAAGAACCAGAUGAUGAAUAUGGAAGAAACUGCAUUUCUGGAAGAUGAAUUCAUGAGUGAGAGGAUGGAUUUGGAGAAAACCGACUAUCCAGGACCAGGACCAAACAGAAAUCACACUCCAAAACCACCCCAACGUGAUUGAGAUUGAUCAGUGGCUCUAAAAUUUUAUGGGUGUUAACGUUUUUCAUGACCGAAUAAUUAGGGUUUCAAGUGUGCUUCCAAAAAUUAGGAUUUGAAGUAAAUGUUUCAAAAUGAUGGCAUUUUAUGGUGACAUCUUGGUAGCGGUUCAGUGGCUUGCACGUGUCAUGUGUGUAUAUCAACUAUCAAGACCCUUGUAAGAAGGUAUAAAUUUAUGAAUAAAUUUCUAUAUUUUGUUGUAAAAGGAUCGACA